UCGAGACAAUAUGUCUGGAAGCAACAUUUUUCGCACAAAUCAUUCAACGUUCGCUCUUCCUGUGCCGAAAUCUAACUGCAGGCGUAAGAUGGUAAUAUUGUUCUAAUCAUUCGGCACCACAAGUGUGAUCAACGGGAGCCUGAACGUGGAGUAAAGUGAUUUUUUUCUAGGCAACUAAACGCCCUUUCCACAAACAGCUGAUUACAUGAAGUAAGGAGGAAAAAGUUUGGAGAACAAGAUGUUAUCUCUUGUGGGGCAUUAUUAAUAGUUCUGUCUGUUGCAAUCUGGACAAAACGAGGGAAGAAACAAUGAGCGUAGCGACAAUGGAUUUCAAAUGUCCUCUCUGUGAUAUGCCAAUGCCGUCGCAGGAGAAACUGAAACAGCACAUAAAGAAUACCCACAGUGCGUUCUUCUGCGACACCUAUCUGUUCCCACCGGAGAUGCUCUUCCCCGGAGCACCCUCCAGCAUCGCCACAAACAACCUGGAAGGCGUAAUAACUAGCGAACCGCUUUCCACGCCGGAAGUAACGAUCGAACAGGUAGAGGAACCAUGCUGCGUGUGCUGCGAGUUGGAGGGAGCCGAAGGGGACGGGGCGGCGGAUUGCGGAAUGUGCGAUUGCAACUGCGAGGACGAUGCGGGUGGGGAGUGUGAUGACUGCAUUAUGAUGUAAGUGUUACUUAGCUCGUUAAGUAUGGGCUUCCCGGUAGUAGAACUGUAAGCGCUGCCUAUGGAAACCCAGACACGAAGAACGUGAAAUUGAUGUUAAACAUAGUUAGUUUUUAAAAGUGCCUAUAUUUCUGCGAGGAUAAACCAUCACACGUCACAUCAAGCACAGAAAGCCAUACCAGUUAUAAACACACACAAACACAACCUUUUCCGUCACAUCAGAAGCUGAGAAGAUAUAUUUUGUGUAAUAGAACUGCACGAAUCGAACAGCAAUCAGAUUCUUCCAUUCGAGCGAACGGUAAAUUUAUCAGAAAUGCGAAACAUCACCGAUAAUUUUAUAGCCUUGACAAUAGACCGAUCUUGAACAAACACAGAAAAUUGUCCCACCCGAAAAAUAGAAUCAUUUUACAGAAUAGCUCAUCAUCGAUUUUUUUUCCAGACAAUGGUGCUCGAUUUGUAUUUUUCCUAAGAAAUUCACCAAUGUAGACAUGUUAGGAGCAAUUGAUGUUUUAAAUUACCUUUUAAAGUGAUACCAAAUCUAAAAGAUGUAAGCGAUAGACUGCGCGCAAAAAUGGCCCAACGUUCCAAACGUUUAUCGCUCUUGCCAAGCGAAGUUUUAGAGUUUAAACGAAAUGUUACCGUUUUGUUUCCUAACGUAUGAAAAUGUCAAACUAGAACGAUGUCACCCACAUAAUCCCCCAACCGAAUAUUCACGUAGAUGUUUAGAGAUAAAAGUAUAGAAUAUAUAAUGGAAUUGCACUAUUUUAGCGGCGUAGAGUGAAUGUUAGUUCGAAAACUAUAUUCUAAAGUAGUAGAUAGCACAGAUGUUAACUAUGCUAGGAGAGCGGUUAGGCGGUGGGUAUAUUUUAGGGUCCAGUUAUAUGUGUGGCACGCUUGGAAUCUUGUUCAUUGACUAUUAUCGGGAAUUGUACCGUGGCUACAUAUGUAGUAGAAAAAAAUAUUAAUUCUACAUUAUUGAGAAAAAAUCGCGCUGCGCUAUUAUAUUCAUUGGCGAUAAAAAUUUAAUUUAAAGUAUUCUAUCAGAAGUAUGAUUUGAGCAGCUUGUGAAUGUAAUAGUGGUGGGAAAGAAUAUUUGAAUAGUUUGUUUGAGAAACCUCAUAAUCACCACUUUUAUCAAAAUUGACUUUUUUGCAUUGUUUGAGUCCUUACCUAUAUCUACUAUAUCUACUAUCAAAAUUUCAGAUUAAAUUAGUUCUGCAAACCCCUAUUGGCAAAGAAUCGUUUUUUGAGAAACCUCAUAAGUUAAUGUUUCCGAUUAUCAGCACGGGCGGCGCUGAGAUAGGUAUAUAAUCUUAUUCAUUUUUUACAUCUGAUGUUAUAAGAAGUUUGCGCAACUCAACUCAAUCGAAAUGUCUUCCGACUCAAAUUGCGACCCAUACACGACUCCGGAACGUACGCGUGGAGUUCGGAAGACACCAGAAUACAAAACGGAAGUUAUAAAAAGGGCAAGAGUUCAUGGGUACAAUAUUUCCACAGUACUCAAAAAAGUCAGUUUGUGCUGAGCUGCUUUUAAAAUCUUUCACGGUAUUACACCUAAUAGAGUUCGAAGAUUGUGCUUGCUUUUGACAAAAGGCAAGGUUCCAAACGAUUUGAGAGACGAAUCAUCUUCCGGAAACUCCAAGCCGGGAACUGUAAUCGACCUUGUCAGACAACACAUUUCCUCGUUUCCCCUCAGAGUAUCUUACUACAUCCGUCCGUCGAGAAACAUUAUUUGAGUGAGAAGCUUGAUCUUACCAUAAUGUUUAAAUGUUCCGAGAGAAACAUCCAAACAUAAAAUUGAGCACUUGUUUUACAGAAAAAUGCAAGCAACAUUUUGAUUUGUCGUUCGGUCGCCCUCAAGUGGAUACAUACUGUGCGUGUGAAGCACUUUAAUACAGAAUGAAACAGCCAAACAGGCAGCUAUUAAUAAAAAAGUUUUACAUCUACGCUGAGCCAAGGUAUUUUCAUCCCUUAUGAUGAAAUUUUGCGAACAAUCCGAUGACAGCGCUGUAGUUAUUACCAUGCGUUACAUGCAAAACUUGCAUGCGGCUAAUAUUCCCAUCCAGGAUGUGUUUUAUUUGAGACAGCUCACUGUGAUUGUUUUCGGUAUACACAAUUUGAAGGAUGGGAGUGCUAAAUUUUUCGUGUACCACGAAGGGGACGGCUCCAAGGUUCCAAACGAAGUGUGCUCGUUUUUCAUGCAGUACAUCACAGAGAAUCUGGAGAACGCUAAGCACCUCUACAUGUUUUCCGAUUCAUAUGCUGCUCAAAACAAAAAUAACACGAUGGUGAGGUUGUGUUCAGCUUUGGUCAACCUGGGGAAAUUUGGAUUCGUUGAUCAAUAUUGGCCGAUUAGAGGAUAUUCUUUCCUGCCAUGCGACAGAGACUUUUCAGUCCUGAAGAAGAAGAUUAAUAUGGUAGAUCGUGUUUACACAGUAGGCAGAUCUUAUUAGAUUUGAGGUGCAAAUCGUUGACGAGGAUAUUGUAGACUUCAAAUCCUGGUGGACAUUGCAUUACUUUGGGGAUUGCCCGCAAUCCCCAAAGGACCAAAAAGUGCACUUCAAGGUUUCGCAAUUCAACCAGUUUUCCCGCCCGAAAGACUUCAUGGAUCUAUUGGAGACAAAAAAUCACAUACGUGACAGCUGUACUUUUCGGCUUCUGCAAACCAAAUCAGAAAAAUCGAAUCUUCCUACUAAUCCUGCAUAUCCAGAUGAAAAAGUUCCGAUCAAAAUAAAUAAAACGAGGACACCAGAAAGUUGAUAUUACGGAUGAAGAUAAAAUCAUAUAUUUUAUUACGAAAUUUUGACGGAUUGGGUUACAUGUAACAUGGAAGCCCAGAAUGAACAUGGCCAAUAGUCCAAUAAAAUAUUAAAAGUACAUGGAAUUCAAUUGAAUCACUUCAAAACCGCUAAAGAUACCGCCGAUUUCUCGUUUGUUUGAGAAACCACAUAAAUUCACCAACUUCAAAGCGUCAUGUUUUGACCUAAAAUCGUUAUAUUGAUGAAGAAGUGGUUCCAUAUCAUACGAUUUGUGUGUAAUAACCGAAUCUGGUAUCAACAAAUAGGAUGACCAGGUCAAAAUUUUGAGAAAAACAUUUUUUUUCGUUUUCCCGCAAGUGCGUCAAAUGGACGAUAUGUGGUUUCUCAAACAUCUUUAAUUCGAUUAUUCGAUUCAACAACGAAAAAGUCCCUAUUUGAACUCGAUAAGGCUUUACUAUCAUAUGGAAGAAAUUUUAUAAACUCAUCAUUUUUGGAAGACACAUAGAAUAAAUUUAACCUACAUAUUAAAAAAAACGGGAAGUGGGUUAUAUCUGUUGUAUAACCGCAAGGGUGACGUAGGACUAUCGUUGAUUUAGUGAUCAUUUGUUUUUAGUUGCAUAUGAAUCAAUUCUGAAUGAUCAUUCAUGAAUAUUAUAUAUGUCCCCCAUAUAUAAUAUUCAUGAAUGAUCAUUCAGAAUUGAUUCAUAUGCAACUAAAAACAAAUGUUGUCUUGAUCAAAACUGAGACAUUAAACUUAUUGAACAUAGACGUAUUAUCUCUUACUAAAAUUACAUCUCCAACGCUCCAAAUUCCUAAAUUCCAAAAUAACUUUUUUUUAGAAAGUUCUGGUGGCCCCGAAAAGAACCGUCGCUUUCUAGGAGCAGCUGAAGAUAGUUGAUCCAUGAAAGAAUUAAUAGAUUCAAAAAAGUUGUACAUCCAAAAACACAUUUUUGAGAUGAUACUCAUUUAUUAGAGAAUAUUUUUAUCUAUCUUCAGCCAAACUUUUCAUCGGUUUGAGAUUUGAGGUUUGAGGGUUUGAGAAAAGUUAUAGUCCAAACCAAAAUACCUAGAAGUGUGGACAUUUUCUUCAGACAAUGGUUCAAUAGUUUUAAAUUGCAACAAAUGAUAUACUCCAAAGCACAGAAUAAUCGGGCAAACGUAUGCCGGGUCUUACUAAAGAAUCGUCUCCCAUGUUUAAAACUAAUCGGGCAAUCGACGAAACACAGGUUUGUUUGCGAGAGGUCGCCGCUUCCGACGGCGGGUCGGCGGCCGACACGGAUUGCAUCAUCUUCCGUCGUCUAUCGUCACUCACAGACUCGUGAGUGAUUAACAGGCCGGUGUUUAAUUUGCGUGGUACGAUUUUUAAUAGAUCCAGUCAAUUCAUCUGUUUCGCUUAGACAUUGUCGGAAGAACAUUUGUGACGGUAGCGAAGCAGAGAGAGUUGUACUGAGAAGAAAUGCGUCUGAAACCAAAUACAUGCUGGCUUCCGGAUCCGAGCACGACAGGACCCGAUUAGGUAGUAGGCGAUGAGUUCGAGGUAGUCAUCCAAUUUGUCUAGUGAACCUGAAUUGAACCAGAAAAUCGUGAAUUAUAUUCUUAAGCAUCCAUAUUCGACCUUUAUUCGAGACAUGAACAAGAAAUUUGGUACGUUUAAUACGCUAGAUCAUUCCGAUGACACUUUACUAUCUAUCAACACUAUAAACAAUAGUGAAACGAGGCAUCAUUUUACUAGAAUUUGUGAAGCCCAUGGUUUGAGAACUGCAGCCAUGGACCGACUGCGCUGGUGUAACACGGCGAAGAAGAUCUAUUCUUUUUGUGGGAUGUAGGAUCAUUGUGAAUAAAAAAAAAUGGAAAGUCUGUCCUCAGUUCAUUAAACUGUGUGAGUAAUUCCCCAAAGAAAAAAGAAGAUAGUAUAAUACAAAUACAAUAUAAUCCGCUGAGAAAAAAUGUGACACACGAAAGCCUAAUGGAACACUAUACGUAUUGCCAUUCACAAGUAGCCGUCAGUACGAUUUUAGGUGCAUUAGGUUGAGGUUUAGGUGCAAAACCGGGUUUUUUCAAGCACAAAUAAUCAAAACUCCACAUAUUGAAUCGUAAGGUAUUAUUCAAAUAAUAACUAGUGCUCACAAAACUGUGUUCCAAUUAUGACGUAGCGCUACGUCUUCCAGUGUCAUAUUGAAAAACAAGUCACGUUCUUUUGGAAUAAUGUUAAAGUUAAUAACUUGAUGAUUUGCCAAUCGAAAUUAUCUACAAAAGUGUUGAAGCAAAGCAUUUACAAUAUCUAUUAACCAGUCUUGCUCCUGUCAUGACGUCUGGUGGAGAACGCUUGUUCAUUUCUACUUCAUACACACACAUUGUUGUUGUUUUUUAUGCUUUCUCAAAUGCAGAUUGGAAUGGUUUAUAUUAAUUGAUCGAACCGUAAAGAAAUUGUGGUUAUGGAUCAAAUAUAUAACCCUUGACCGUGUGUAAAGGGUGUGUCACAUCAAAUUGCAUCACGGAAAAAACGCUGUAGAAAUUUAAUUUUUAGGAAUUAUAUCUUCAGCUUUCGCUUAUAAUCAGAUAAGAGUGUAUAGAUCACGUUGGCCAUGCUUCACUGUCAAUUUUUCGUAAAUUUGGAAAAAUGUCGUCGAACGAAAAAGAGCGUCGUGAAUUAAUCCUGUGCACUCAUUUCGAGAAUCCGGAGUUGUCACAUCGGGACAUCGGUAAGAUGCUGGGAAUCGUCCAAUCCACGGUCAGCAGAGUACUAAAACGAUACUUCGAGAACCUAACCAUCGACCGGAAGGUGAAGAACGGCAAAAGUGGAUGCUCCGUCAGUGAAAAAGAUCACAAGCGCGUAGUUAAGCAGUUUAGACGUGAUCCGAGAAGUUCGGUCCGGGAUGUCGCCAAUAAGCUGAAUUUGUCAAGUUCAUUCGUCCAGCGGACCAAGCAGCGG